GCUCUUAGUGCAUCUGAACUCACAGGACCUUCAAUGAAACCUCAAAAUGCAGCCAACAAAAUGUCUCCAUCUGCUGUACAUCAGAAGUUAACAGGUCCGAACCAAGUGGAAACUCAAAAGAAGGAGUCAUUGAAAUCUGAUGCACCUUUAAAGAAGGAGACUCCAGUGCCUGAUACACUUCAAAAGAAGGGGAGUCCUACACCGGGUUCUCCUCAGAAGACACAGGCAACUAAGGCUGCUAAAGGACCAGAACCUAACACACAGGCUAGCCCAACUCCUGGUCAGAAAACUCCUCUGGAUAUCCAGGAGGCACCAGGUUCUCAGAAACCAACUGACCAGGCAAGUCAACCUGGACUAAAACAGAGUAAGGUCACCCCAGAUACAAAGCAGGAGUCAGGAAAUCUAUUUGGCUCGAGUGGUCCUAAAAAAGGGCCUGAUGAGUCCAAAACAACAGAGUCCGUCACUGGGAAGAUGUUUGGCUUUGGUUCCUCCAUUUUCAGCUCAGCAUCCACGUUGAUAUCAUCUGCUGUUCAGGAUGAAUCACGUACUACCCCACCAAGCUCUCGUAAGAUGUCUGCGCCAGCACAAGUCUCUCCCAAGAUGUCUGCUGCUCCCAAGGUUUCUCCAAAAAGUACACCAACAGUUUCUCCCAAAAUGUCGCCAGCAAGAGAGCCCAAAACUCCUGUUCAGAAACCAGAGCAGGAGAAGAAACCAGAAGAAUCCCGCCAGAGCAAAGAGGACAAAGCUCCAUCACAGCCUCCUAAGGCAGCAUCAAUCCCCCAAACAUCUCCUAAUGCAGGCCAGACCACCUGCCCCCUGUGUAAGGUCGAGCUUAACAUUGGCUCUAAGGAUGUUCCAAACUACAACACCUGCACUGAGUGCAAGACCACCGUCUGUACCCAAUGUGGAUUUAACCCAAUGCCUAUUGGAGAGGUAAAAGAGUGGCUAUGUCUUAACUGCCAGAUGAAAAGAGCAGUUGGAGCAUCUGAGCCACCAGGGCCUCCUAAACUUAAGUCCCAAACAUCACCAAGCAAAGUUCCUUCACCUGCUGCAGCCCAGUUGAAGGAUUCUUCCAAACCAACUACACCACAAAGGAAGGACAGUCCAAGCCCUGCUGUACAAAAGAAGGAGCCCCCAGGAGCAGCCUCACCACAGAGAAAACCAUCUGCACCAUCUGUGCAGUCAGGCAAACCUGAAGCUGCUACUGCACCAUUGAAACAGGCCAGUCCAGCACCUGAUCGUAAAACUCCACAGGAAGGACAGAAGACAGUUCCAAAGAAGCCACCAGAUCAGGCAGGCCAACCUGGAGAUAAGCAACCUGAUACUGCAAAGCCUGCAGUGUCCGUGACAAAUAGGCAAACUGAACGUAAGCAGAGUAAUGCCACAGCAGCGACACAGCAACAGUCAGGAGGCUUCUUUGGUUUUGGAGGUGGUAAAUCUCAACCCGAUGCUGCAAAGCCGGCAGAUUCAGCGGCUGGGAAAAUGUUUGGCUUUGGUUCCUCCAUCUUCAGUUCUGCAUCAACUUUGAUUACCUCAGCUGUUCAGGACCAGCCCAAGACUACUCCACCAGUUUCUCCCAAGAUGUCUCCUGCAAAAACGGUCAAGUCGCCUAGUGCACAACAGCUGGAACAGCAGAAGAAAACAGAGCCAUCCCAGCAGACCAAGACACCUCCACCAGGACAGGCCAAAAUUGACAAACCCCCAUCAGAGCCUCCAAAGGCUGCAGCAGUCUCUCAAGCCGCUGUCAAACCAGGCCAGUCUACCUGUCCACUCUGUAAGGUUGAACUCAAUGUGGGUUCAAAGGAUCCACCUAACUACAAUACCUGCACUGAAUGCAAGAACACUGUCUGUAACCAGUGUGGAUUUAACCCUAUGCCAAAUGAAACAGCGGUAAAAGAGUGGCUGUGUCUCACCUGCCAGAUGCAGCGGGCUCUAGGAGCAACACAGCCCCAAGGAGUGGCCUCUGUCAACUCUCAGAUACCUGCAAAGCCCCAAAAGAAAGACAUCAUAAGCCCAGCUGAACCUGAAAAGACAGUCUCACCCCAGAGGAAACCGUCUGUAACAGCACAGCCAGCUACAGCUGAGGCUUCUACUAAGCCAGAAGGUCAAAAGCAACCCAGCCCAGUUUCUGCUCAGAAGAAGCCACAGGAGCCGCAGAAAUCACCAGGUCCUAAAACACCAGACCAGACGAGGCAAACUGAACGUAAGCAGAGUAAUGCCACAGCAGCAACACAGCAACAGUCAGGAGGCUUCUUUGGUUUUGGAGGUGGUAAAACUCAACCUGAUGCUGCAAAGCCAGCAGAUUCAGCAGCUGGGAAAAUGUUCGGCUUUGGUUCUUCCAUCUUCAGUUCUGCAUCAACUUUGAUUACCUCAGCUGUUCAGGACCAGCCCAAGACUACUCCACCAGUUUCUCCCAAGAUGUCUCCUGCAAAAACGGUCAAGUCGCCUAGUGCACAACAGCUGGAACAGCAGAAGAAAACAGAGCCAUCCCAGCAGACCAAGACACCUCCACCAGGACAGGCCAAAAUUGACAAACCCCCAUCAGAGCCUCUAAAGGCUGCAACAGUCUCCCAAGCCGCUGUCAAACCAGGCCAGUCUACCUGUCCACUCUGUAAGGUGGAACUCAACAUGGGAUCCAAAGAUCCACCGAACUACAACACCUGCACUGAAUGCAAUAGCACUGUCUGUAACCAGUGUGGAUUUAACCCCAUGCCAAAUGUGUCAGAAAUGAAGGAGUGGUUGUGUCUGACUUGUCAGAUGCAAAGAGCUCUCAAAGCUGCUGAAUCAGUAGAGCCUCCACUGAAGAAACCCCAGGCAUCACCCAGCAAAGUGCCCACACUUGCUGCUGCCCAGAAAGACGCUGCUGCCAAUCAAAAGAAAGACAUUGUUUCCACAGAAAAGGCAGAAGUGCCAGAAAAAGAUCAGAAGGGCAGUACAACACCAGGUGCACCACAAAAGAAAGAAGACACUAAACCCUCAUUACAAAUGGACAUUACCAAAACAUCAACCACUGCCACACCAUCUGCAAAAGAGAUCAUGGGUCCUGUUUCAGCCCCAACAAAAGAGGAGAAAACUGCUUCACCACCUACCAAGAAGGCUCCCAUCCCCACUGCACCUCCAGCCAAAGAGAAGACAGCUGUAGUUUCAGACCUCAACAAACCACUUCCUGCUCAAGCUCCUCCUGUCAACACGGAUGUUGCAACUUCUCUCCAGCAGAAAAAAGUUAUGACUCCACCAAGUUCUCCUAAACCUAAAGAAGUAUCAGAAAAGAAAGAGGAGAAGGCAGAAAUAGUUAUGAAACCAGCUGAUGAGCCAGUGAAACCCUCUGAUAAAGUACAGCCCCCAACAGCCUUAAACAAAGACUCAAACGCUGUUGAAACACCGCCUGCCAAAUCUGUUCCACCAGCAGCACAGCAAACAAGUAAAGAAUCAGGAGGUUUCUUCAGCUUUGGUAGUCCUAAAUCACAGCGUGCUGCCUCAAUAACACCCGAAGCUGUCACUGGGAAGAUGAUGGGAUUUGGUUCAUCCCUCUUCAGCUCAGCAUCCACCUUGAUAUCAUCUGCAGCUAAGGAGGAGUCCCGCACAACACCACCAAGUUCUCGCAAAAUGUCUGCCCCAGCACAAGUCUCUGGCAAGAUUUCUCCAAAGUCCAGCCCCCCAGUUUCUCCAAAGAUGACUUCAGCAAAGGAGGCCAAACCACCUGCUGCUCAGACACCACCUGCGGAAAAGAUACCAGACCAACCUCAACAGGCCAUGGCUCCUCCAUCGGAACAGGACAAAGUGGACAAAGGUCUAUCAGAGCCUGCAAAACCAGAAGCCCCCCAAGCUGCUCCCAAAGUGGUCCAGUCUACUUGUCCACUCUGUAAGAUGGAACUUAAUAUGGGCUCCAAAGAUCCUCCCAACUACAACACCUGCACUGAAUGCAAAACCACUGUCUGCAACAAAUGUGGAUUUAGUCCUAUGCCAAGUCUAAAGGAGACAAAGGAAUGGCUUUGUCUCAGUUGCCAGAUGCAAAGAGCACUUGGAGCUUCUGAACCUCUGGGCCUUCCCAUGAUAAAACCCGCACCUUCUCCAAGCAAAGAGGUCCCUGCUACCAUACAGAAAAAUAAAGAGACCCCGUUGUCAACUUCUCAGGAAGACAUCCCUAAACCAGCCGCACCCAAAAAUGAGCUUGUUGAUGUUGCCACAACCAAAGAAACUGAAUCCCCAGCUGUUGGUGCACCAGUGAAGAAAGUUACCCCUGCAGCUGCUUCAUUGCCUGACAAAACUGUUCCAUCCACUACAACAAAGACUGAUGUUUCCCCGGCUUCACCAAAGCCUUCUGGAGAGACACCUAAAGGACAACCAAAUACACCUCCACAACAGCCUCCAGUGUCUGCUCCUCCACCAGGCUCAGAGGCAGGAAAGCCAUCCCCACCACAGCCUCCAAAAGCUGUGACAUCUACCCCUAAGCCUGCUCCUCCACCAGGCCCAGAGGCAGGGAAGCCACCCUUAGAGCAGCCUCCAAAAACCGUGACUUCUGUUGCUAAGUCUGCUCCUCUAUCAGACCGAGAAGCAGGAACGCCACCCCAACAACAGCCUCCAAAAACUGCGACUUCUACUGUUAAGUCUGCUCCUCCACCAGGUCAAGAAGCGGGAAAGCCACCCCCACAACAGCCUGCAAAAGCUGGUACCUCCCCAGCCAAAUCUGCACCGCCAGCAGCUCAGCCUGCUAAACAGGCAUCAGGAGGCUUCUUUGGUUUUGGUGGACCUAAAACCCAGCCUGCUGCUGCAAAGCCUGCUGAGUCAGUGACUGGGAAGAUGUUUGGCUUUGGGUCAUCCUUCUUAAGCUCUGCAUCAACUUUGAUAACCUCAGCUGUCCAGGAUGAACCUAAAACAACACCACCUACUCCACGCAAGAUGUCCGCCACAGUCUCUCCUAAAGCUACACCACCAGUCUCUCCUAAGAUGCCCCCUGCCAAGGAGACCAAACCCCCUGCUGCUGCACAGAAAGCUGAGCCACCUCAACAGGCCAAGCCAGCUCCAUCACCUACCCCUACACCACCAACUCCACGAAAGAUGUCCACUACAGCCAAUGUCUCUCCUAGAACUACACCACCAGCCUCUCCUAAAACUGUAUCUGCAAAGGACACCAAGCCACCUGCUGUCCAGAAAACAGAGGAAAAGAAACCAGACAAACCACAGCAGGAAAAGACUCCUUCAACAAUUCAAGCCAAAGUGGACAAAGCUCCAUCAGAGACCCCCAAGGCACCAUCAGACAUCCAAGGUGCUCCAAAGGCGGUUCCAUCCAUCUGUCCACUCUGUAAGGCCAACCUCAACAUGGGCUCCAAAGAACCGCCCAACUACAAUACUUGCACAGAGUGCAAGACUACCGUCUGCAACCAGUGUGGAUUUAGUACAAUGCCAACGGUGGCAGAGGUAAAGGAAUGGCUUUGUCUGAACUGCCAGAUGCACAGAGCCCUUGGAGCAUCCGAGCCAACUGGACCUCCUGUAGUAAAACCUCAGCCCUCCCCAAGCAAGGUCACUGCACCUCCUGGCUCUGAAAAGAAGGAUGUACAGACAUUAGUCCAGAAGGACAAGUCUACAGAAUCAGCAGCAGUCAAAAAAGAAGUCACUCAAGCAAUGCCACAGAAAAAAGAAAUGCCCAAAGCUGAGGCUCCAGUGCUUCCUGCAGUCCAAAAGACAGAGGCACCACGACGAGGUUCUGUUCAAAAGACACAUGUCCCUCCGGGUACUGAACAAGGACAAGUCCAGGAUUUGGCUGGUGUGCAACAGCCUGUUGGAAAAGCCCCACAAGUGCAGCCUUCUCAAGCUACAAAGCCAGAAGUCAAGGCAGGUCCUUCAAAACAAGAAGCUGGAAAGCCACCACAACAGCCUGCAAAAGCUGCGCCCCCUCCUGCCAAAUCUGCACCACCACCAGCUCAGCCUGCUAAACAGGAGUCAGGAGGCUUCUUUGGUUUUGGUGGUCCAAAAACCCAGCCUGCUGCUGCAAAGCCUGCUGAGUCAGUGACUGGGAAGAUGUUUGGCUUUGGGUCAUCUUUCUUAAGCUCUGCAUCAACUUUGAUAACAUCGGCUGUCCAGGAUGAACCUAAAACUACACCACCUACUCCACGUAAGAUGUCCACUACAGUCUCUCCUAAAGCUACACCUCCCGUCUCUCCUAAGAUGCCUCUUGCAAAGGACACCAAACCCCCUGCUGCUGCACAGAAAGCUGAGCCACCUCAACAGGCCAAGCCAGCUCCAUCAGCACAGGCCAAAGCAGCUCCACCAGAGCCUCCAAAACCCAAAGAUGUGACCCCAGUUGCUCCUAAAGCAGGCCCGUCCACCUGUCCACUAUGUAAGGUCGAACUCAACGUGGGCUCCAAGGAUCCUCCCAAUUACAACACCUGCACUGAAUGCAAGAACACUGUCUGCAACCUUUGUGGAUUUAAUCCCAUGCCUCACACAGGAGCGAAGGAAUGGCUGUGUCUGAACUGCCAGACUCAGAGGGCUUUGUCUGGGCAGCUGGGAGACUCAGGAAAAAUGCCCCAGCCUUCACCUGUAUCUGCCAAACCAGAGAACCUGGCCACACCUACAGCCAAAAAGGCAGAGCCCAAAAUUUCCCCUACAAAGGCAGAGCCUGCUCCUACGGCUACAAAAUCACAGCCUUCACCUGCCUCCAUUGCGGCAGUGCCAGCAGUUCCAACCCUAAAAGCAAAGGUGGAACCUCCAUCUGUCAAAAUGGAACCCACAGCUACAGCAGUUUCUGCAAAAAUCGAGAUAGAGACCACACGCGUACCUUCAACAGCAAAGAUUUCACCUGUUACAGCAGAAAAACAGCCUUUAACAGCAUCCACAGCAGAAGCCAUUCUACCUGCUAUGGCUGCUGUGCAACAGAAAGCAGUAACAGCAAAGGUUGAAGAUGUUCCAAAGACUGUGACAGUGGAAACUAAAGAAGAGGUAUUGAAAGUGGAGCCUGGUGAAGCAGAACGUCCAAAAGCUGAGGAGUCUAAACCUGACCUUCCAAAAGUCAAGGCAGAAGCAGGUGUAGCUGCAGCUUUCUCUUUGCCAGUGACUGAAGCUACAGUUGCACCCACCCCCCCUAUUGCUGCAGAGGUUGCUGUGGCUGGAGCUGUUCCAAGGACUGAAACAAGGCCAGAAUUUUCUACUCCAGAGAGGAUUAUUAAGGAAGUGCAGCCUGAUGAUCAUAUCAAACUGACAGAGCCAACAAAACCAUUACAGCAAGUUGAGGUGCAACCAAAGUCACAAGAACCACAGCUGGCACUGAAAGUAGAACCAGACGUAGCAGCUGACAGCAAGGAAGUGGCUGAUAAGACAGUUAAAAAGACUACUGACGUCACCUCAACUCCAGAGACACAACCAGUCUCUACAAAGAUCACCACAAAAGAGCAGGAUGAAAUCAAAGCAGAGCCAGUGAAAGAGAGAAAGGUCUCUCUACCUACUGGGCAGGUUAAACUGGAAAGCACAGUUGCCGCUGCGACAGCUAAAACGCCUGAAUCCAAAGCAGAGGAGCUUGAAGAAGAUCAACCACAGAUUUUACCCAUAACACAGGAAUUGAAGGAUGGGCAGGUGGUUGAUGAUACAAAUAAAAAUGAAAUAAAUACAGAUACAUCCAUUCCAGUAAAGGAGGAGGUCAAGGCUGAAAGAAGGCGCCUAAGUUUCCAAGCAAUGGAUGAGAGCAGCGAAAGUGAACUCACACCCUCACCUCAAGUCCAGAGGAGAAGGCUGAAGGUCAGCAAUCUUUCAUCCAGCAGUGAGGACAUUAAAACUGAAAGCGCUGACUCCUCUAUGGAAGAUGAAGAAUUCAUCCGCAAGCAGAUAAUGGGUAUGGGUGAUGAAGAAGAAAUGUCUGUUUCAGAAGAUGAGAAAGACAAUAAUUUGGCAGAUGAGGACGCUAUCAAAGAGAUUGAGCUUGAUAAUGCUUCAAUGACAGCCACAAAAAGUAGCACAGAGAAUGAAGAAAGCCCAGCCAGGAAAAAAUCCCUCCCAAAAACUGAAACUGCAACUACUCAAGAUGUUCCUGAAACAAUGCCCAGCAGUACUUUCAAGAAAGCUAUUCCAGCCAUGAGACAGAGACAAAGCACUGAUGAAGAAGUAGAGAGCAUCACAGAAUCCCUGUCAAAGGGAUCGUCUAGUGUUCAGGUAUCAAGCUUUACCCCAGGAUCUUCACCCACGUCUGCCUCGUCUCUGGAGGAGGACAGUGAUAGCAGCCCCAGUCACAGGAAAGUCAGUGGGGACAAACAGCAUCGCAAAGGUAGGCACAGGCAGCCAACCCAGCCUCUCCCCACUAUUGAAGACUCCUCUGAGGAAGAGAAGAUGAGGGGAGAAGAGAAGUCUAGGAAAGACAAAGAUGAAUUUAGAGCCCAUGGCCAACCACUGUCUCCAUCUGAAGAUGCUUCGUCUACAGAGAAUCUGAGACAGGUAAUGACUGAAACCAGUAGAACAUCUGGCUCUGAGCCCUCUGUAAGUAUAGACUCAGAAUCAGAGGCUAGGCGAGCUGUCCAGAGAGGACGCAAGCCUUCGUCGACAGUGAUACCAUACCUUUCUUCUGAUCCAUUUAAAGAGAAGGAUACUGUGACAAAAUCAUUGAAGAGUGCCGAAGAAGCAUAUGAGGAAAUUAUUCAGAAGACAAAAGCUAUUCCAGGGGAGAGCCCCCCUGAUAUUGAGCCUCUCUAUGGAGGAAUGGCAAUAGAGGACUACCUUUAUGAAUCCUUAGUAGAGGAGCCUGAAUUUAGGAUAGGUGAAUCUCCAGAGGAAGAACUCAAACAGGAUACUAGCGCAGAGAGUCUCAAAAAACUCAGGUCUCCGGAGGAAGUUUAUGAGGAGAUGAUGCAAAAAAAGAGAGAACUGAUGAUGAUAGAGCAAGAGUUUCAACAGGCUCAGACUGCUAUGGAAUCUUCUUUAUUAGUGGCUUCAGUCACUGAGCCUCCCUCAGUUGCUGAGACCUGUGUGGUGACCAUACCGAUGGAAGAGACAUCCCUCACUGAGCAAACUGAUAUGCCUCUUACAGGCACUGAAAGUUCUGGUGAAGUGCCAGUGAAGAAAAAGAAAAGGCCAGCUCCACCACGCCCGUCUGAACCUCCUAAGCGCUCAGAGGGGACUGUUGUUCCUAGCACUACUGGUGGAUCUAUAGGUUUUGUUAGGCCUAUGGUUCCUCAAGAUCCUGCACUCAUGAAGGCAUUGUUCCCCAUACCAGACCUUAAGAUUACCCAGUGUUCAUCUGGGGAGGAAGAGGAUGACAGUCUUGCAGACGAGUAUGGUGUUGGUAUUUCCUCUGACAUUACCCCCAGUGAUGAAUCUGACACUAAAGAAGAUCAAUCCAUAAGCCCACCUUUGUCUGAAACCGCUGAGAUGGAACCUAUCUGUGUGGUCUGUGAAAUCCCAGAGCCAAAACCUAUUCCAACACCAAUAUCGGCCCCAGAACUAACCACUACACCUUCGCCUGUAUCACCAAUGUCACCUCUAACUUCACCAGCCACUCCAGAUUCCAGUUUGGCUUCUAAUGCUACAUCUUCAUCCUCAUUCCAAGCUCAAACACCACUUUCAGCAGAUUCAACUCCGCUGUCUACACCAACACCUCCAACUUCAUUUGUAACACAGUCACCUCCAGAGAUCUCACCACCAUCAGCUGCCACAAUUGCAACAGUACCGUCUAGUCAGGGCUCAGUCUCUCACCCUGCUCCAGCCACAGUCAUAGUCACAAUACCAGAUGUGGUGUCUGAUCCUUCCAAAGCUCAAACAACUGCAGUAAUUCAAGUUAAGGCUCCUACAGCUGAAGCUUCAACUCCAGCCCCACAUGGGACAUCUACUCCUGUACCUGUUAUAGUUCAAAUGCCAGACUUGGUUUCAUCUCCAUCUCAGGUGCCUAUUGAGGCUCCAGCUGUUAUACUUGUCUCAGCACAGAGUCCAGCACCUGCUGUUGUGUCAGCUCAACCUAAAACUUUAGUUACAGCUACACCUGCUGCAGUUGCUACACCUGCUGCAGUCUCCACUCCAGCUUCAGCCCAUGUUGCUCCUUUCACUCUGGAUUCAUGCCCUGGGCCAGUCAUAGUACAAAUGCCUGACUUGGUUUCAACAACGUCUCCAAUCUCUGCACAAGCCCCACUACCAAUCUCAUCCCUCAUAACUACCCCAGCUCAAGCCCAAGCCAAAGUGGUACAUGCAGUCCCUGUACAAGCAACAGUCCCAUCAGUGAGCCCAGGAACAAUCCCAGCUCAAACAGCCCACGUGCCUACUCCAGCAUCAACUACUAUAAUCAAAAAGAAGGUUCCACCACCUCCUCCCCCUCGGUCUACUUCAGUGUCAUUACCUGAGCCUAACACAGAGCUGCAGCCUGUAAGAACUAUUCAGCAGGUCACCCCAAUUAUGACCACCACUGUAGCUAGGGGAACCACAGCGGCUGGCCAGCAAAUGCAGUCUGUAGUUGUGGAUAUACAGCCAAGAAUGGAAGACAUGCAACCUGAUAACAUGGCUGUUCCUCAAGUAGUGACCCCAACCAGACAAGGACAUGUUGUAAUUAUAGUGCCAAGUGUGGAAAACAUGUCUCUGCAUGGACAAACCCCACAAGAUAAAGCUAGCACAGGGUCAAUAGCUUCCACCGCUUCUCUGCCACCAAGUGGUCCAAUAGCCUCAGAUAUACCCAGCACAGUUACAACUUCACUAUCCACAAAGGUGUCAGCAGUGCCAGUAGCUUCAGCUCCACCACUUCCCCCUAAACCUAUGGCAGGUACAACAGUUGUAGACACAGUAGAAAUACCUGUAGCAGAUACACCUCCACCACCCUCAACUACUUCACCAAAGCCAACAGUUUAUUCAAAAACAGUGGUUCCCAUUGCAGUCACUAUUGCUACAGCAGCAGUAACACAAGUUUCUGACACAACAACUGGCCCCAGUCAAACCACAAAGCCUCCUCCACCCAUACCACCUAAGCCUAUAUCAAUUCCUGCUGGACUGGUUUUCAGCCACAAGCCAGGAGAGAGUGUCAAACCACCUCCCCCUCAUGUGAUGCCCAAAGCUGCAACACUACCCAGGACCAAAGAACCUCCAAAUGCUCUGUCACUUAGCCUGACACGACCCGUGGAAUCUAAGUUGGGUGCAACAUCUCCUAAGUCACCUUUGUCUCCUAAACAUGCCAAAUGUUUGCAAACCUAUGUGGUGAUAACCCUUCCAUCUGAGCCUGGCUCACCAACAGAGGCCAUAACAGUCCAAGCGCCUGUAAGACGAGGUUCCAUCCCAUCUACAAAAGUGUCAGGUGUACGGACCACGCCCUUAGAACAGAAAACACCUACUGAGGCAUUCUCAACACAGGCUACAGUUAGGAGAGCCUCUGUCCCCACUGUAAGGCACCCACCUCCAAUAGCCAUAGCUCCAACUGUGGCAGUAGAGCAAGUGACAUCUUCUGAGGAAGUGGUUGCCAAAGUGCAAGCCAGGAGAGACUCUGUGCCUUCUGAAGUGUUACCACCACCAACACCACCACCUGUAGCUGAUGUCAUGGUAGUGUCAUCAGCUCAGGAAACAUCUAUUCAGGCAAUUAGUGUACCUCCUCCAAUUAAGAAACCAUAUAUGCAACAGCAACAACCAAUUACUCAGCCACUGCCACCACCUAAAACAAGCUUUGAGGUUAUCACAAUGCCCCCAGAGCCAAUGGUUGUUAUUCAACCACAAACAAUCCAAGCCACAGCAAGAGCCCCGUCUGUACCACUCGCUCAACAACCAAGCACAGCCACAGAGGUCAUAACAGUUCCAUCAGAGGUUUCAGCUGAAGCAUUAGUUCCUCAGGCCUUAAUACCAAUUGUACCUGUGCAGCCACAGGGUCUAACAGAAGUUGUUGCUGUACUUCUGCAGCCUGAGAUACCUUUAGAUGCACUAGUUCCCCAAGUUAGACCAGCUACAGUGUCCCCUGAUGUCUCUUAUCCACCAGUUACAGCUCAAAUAGAAAUGCUGCAGAAACAACAGGAUAUACCUUCUCAUGUCACAGUCACCGAGACAGAUAUGGUACAGGGAGAGAUCCAGCAAAUUCCUGCUCAACAGCAAGUUACCGUAGUUGAAGCAGUGACUUACUCUGCUGAACUCCCAUCAGUGCCACACACUGUUCAGCCUUUCAUGACAGAGCAGCUAUCUUUGCAGCAGCCAUCUCUUGUAGCUGAAGUGUCGACCCUCCGGAGAGAGUUUGAAAUGCCUACAGAAGUUAUUACAACUGAUACUGCUGUUAGAUUGCCAGGAGUAGCAACCAUAUCUCCAGUACCUUAUCCUUUACCUCUAGUUGCUGAAGUAACUCCAACACCAGAAGUACCUAAGUUUAUGCCAACUACAGUUGCUGAGAUAACUCCUACAAUUGGUAAAGUAACACCAUCACCUCCUGUCAUGGAAGUCCAACCAAUGGCAGUGCAGCCAGAAGUCCCCUACAUUCCACAGGUCUAUGACACGAUUACUUCCUCAGUCAUGCCACAUUCAAUGCCACCACUGGAAGUCAUAGCAUUGCAGCCUGAACGUGAGACACCCACAGAGAUUAUAACAAAGGAAGUUGAUGUAAGAGCUUCAAUACCAUCAUCAGUGUUGCAGCCCCAGGCAUUGGCUGGGAUGCCAGUUGGAGUUAUUUCAACUGAGGAAACCACCAGUAGGAGGAGAACAUCUAUAUCUUCAAUAGUACAACCAACAUACACAACAAAUGAGACAUUUAUUUAUCCUGCAGAGUAUGAAACACCCACACAGGUGGUUACAACUGAGGCCUUUGCUACCACCAGGAGAGAAUCCAUAACCAUGCAGCAGCCAAUACCAAUGGCACAUAUAGUAAAUAUGCCUGCUGAAAAAGAUGUUCCUAUUGAUGGUUAUAAUGUUCAGGACCCCUACAGAAGAGGAUCUAUUCAUUCAACAGAACAAAGACCCCAAGUAUUAACGUAUUCUUCAGAAUAUGAUCACCCUCUAGAGAUAAUAACCACUGAGGCAUACACCAGGAGAACCCCAAUUCCUACAGCACAGGACAUUCCACAAGGUGUACCUGUGGCCCCAGUCACCAUCACUAAAAUUCAGCAAGAGUCUAUUGAGAGCCAAGAGAUUCGAGGACCAGAAAAGGUGGUCUCCAGUAUGAGUCACAUGUAUUCUUCUUCAAUUUCCACCUCAGGCCAGCCUCCUGAAAACCUGCCUAACCUGGUCACUCAGGUGGUUACCACUGAAGUCCAAAGGACCACUGUCUCUGUUGUCCAUGAAAGACUUCCACAAGUCCCUCAGCCAAGUGUAGCAAUCACUAUUCAACCAGACAUAGCUAAAGUCCAAUCUCUGCCAAAACAGAAUGGCAAAAUAAUCUACCCUGGUGAUGUUAUCGAUUUACGUACAAUGAAGGUUGGCGUAAAGAUGACUGAACAAGGCAUGGACCUAACACCACCUGAGUCAUGUCGACAGUCUUUUUCAAGUGACUCUAGUGGGCGUCAAAUCACAGCUGUGCAGCCUGAAAUAGUAAAUCUUAGUGCGGAGAUCACUCCUGCGACCACAUUGUCUGUGGUCACAGACAGCAUCACAAUAGUCACAUGCACAGCCACCAUUGCCUCAUAUAACAACACUCCAGCAGAAAAACCACUGGAUUUGCAGGGCCCUGUUACUUCAUUGCCUCUGGCGCUCACUACAUACAAACCAUUUGAACCACUUGCUCAGAUUGUAUACAGACCUGUGAAUUCCCAGCCCAUUAUAAGUGCUGUAGCAUCCACAGCUCAAGACAUACCCAUUAAUCUUUCCUUUGGAGCUCUAGUCACCCCAGGAGGGAAACAGCCAAUGACUUCCCCAACAGCUAUCAGCAAUGGAGGUCCUGUUCUUUCUCUAGAGGCCACAGGGGCCAUGGAUCUGUCAAACUACAGACCAGUGAGAGCUAUGGUAGCUUUGUCUGACACAAGCCCAGGAGUGGUGACCACUGUUGUAGAGGAUGAUGGGACUCCAGUCGACCUUACAGCUGGCAGGAGGAGCGUGUGCUGUGAUGUCCUUUACAAGCUACCAUUUACAGGAAGCUGCAGAACACAGCCCCCGGUUACAACCCAGCCUGACAACCGCUUUGGCUAUAGGGAUGACCACUACCAAUAUGAUAAUGCUGGACUGUAUGGUAUCAAAGGCAUGAAUGGCAUUAAAGCUUCAAUGUCUGAGACCAACCUGACAGAGGCAGGACUGUUCCCUUAUGACAGCAAGAAUGACUAUGACUAUCUCAGUGGAUCUGCAGAUGGUGCUAUAGACCUCACUGCUGCCAAACUUUCUGCUGGUAAAGCUCUAGACUACACUAGCAAAACUGGAGUCUACCCUGGGAUGACUACUGCUCCAUACUCCCAGGUUCCUGCAGCUGGGUUUGGUGUAACCGGUGUUCUAAGAACUUCAGAUGGAAUAGUUUACUCUUCUGUUGCUGCCCCAGUUCCGUCCACAUAUGCAAUUACAACACAACCAGGCUCCGUCUUUAGCACUACCUUAACACCUACAUCAACAGUCCAGAACCAGUCAUUGCCGCAUCCGUAUGGCUUCAUUCCCAGUACAGACCCAGGACAGAUAAUUCCUUAUGACACAGGGCUACCUAAGGAGCUUCUACCCACAGCUUUGGCUGACAUCAUAACAGGCUAUCCAGACAUGUACUCAGACACCACCUUGGAAGCAAUUGCUGCAUCUCUGGAUGCCUUAGCCUCUUCCCCAAUAUUCCCUGGCUUAGACAACACCAAGAUGGCCCAAUAUCAGAUGGAGAGGGAGUUUCUAGAGCUAGAGAAGCUUAAGCAGCUAUGUCUUGCAGAGGAGCUGGAGUGGGAGAGGCAGGAGAUCCAGCGUUACCGUGAACAGGAGCAGCUUAUGGUCCAAAGGGAGCUUGAGGAGCUUCAGGCACUGAAACAGCAGCUUCUCUUGCAGCAAGAGGAAGAGCACCAUGCCCACAUGGUGGCCCAGCAGGAGACAUAUGCCCAGCAAAAAGAGCAGUUGCAACAAAUUCAACAACUGCAAUUGCAACUCCAGCGCCAGCUUGAUGAGCACUAUGGUAGCACUGGCACCACAGGAAACCUCCUAGAUGCUAAAUAUGCAGGGGUAGGGGACAGUGGCCAGUACUGGCCUGUCAAAGAUGAGUCUUCAACUCCAUCUAUUGGGACACAGUUAGAGGAAAGUCAGGAUCAACUUAAUUUAGUAAAGAAGCUUCAAGCUGAUCAGGACACAGGGAAAAAAAUAAUUGAUAGUGGAGUGCAGACAGAUGAUGAAGAUUCAGCAGAGAAGCAGCAUGUAGGAAGGAGAAAGAAGAAUAAGAGAAAUAUUGAUAGCUCAGCUCAGACUGAUGAUGAGGACCAAGACGAAUGGGAUGCUCCUACAAAAGCUCGGCGACGGUCUCGAAAACAUAGCAGUGAGGGGAAACAUGGCUCCAAGGUCUCUAGCAUCGCUAUCCAGACAGUGGCCGAGAUAUCUGUCCAGACUGACCACUCUGGAACUAUCAAACGUCCCAAUGUCCAGAUGGACACAAAGGUGGAAAUCAUCAAGCAUAUCUCAGCUCCAGAGAACUCUCAGAGAGGUGGCAGUCUGAGCUGUCAGACAGACUCAGACAGAAGACACACACCCAUUGAGGUUGGUUACAGCACACACUUAACAGCAGAUGUCCCCUCUAAAUCUAAAGUCUUCUACACCUCAGUCUCCCCGCUGUCCCCGGAAAAGUCACUUGGAGGGCAAAGAAUGCUGACUGCUGACCCAACCAGAUUUUCCUCUGGUCCUCGAAUAUUGAAGGCUGGUCAGAAGUCUCUGUCUGAUCCGAAAUCCCUUAGUCCUGCCGCAGAAGACAGAAUGGGUGGAUACUAUGCAGACAGCUAUAAUAGCCGAAGCUCUCCCUCUGGUACAGGUAAGAAGGUGAAGCGGACGCUACCAGACCCUCCUCCUGAGGAUGACACUCUGACAGGACGGACAGGCUACAGCACCAACUCUGCUCGUCGCCGUCUUGCCCGCAGUACAACAAUGGCCCGGGCAAAGAUCCUUCAGGACAUUGACAAGGAGCUUGAUCUUGUGGAGAGAGAAUCUUCUAAACUUCGCAAGAAACAAGCUGAGCUAGACGAAGAGGAAAAGGAGAUUGACGCCAAGCUACGGUACCUGGAGAUGGGUAUCAACCGGCGGAAGGAGGCCUUGCUGAAGGAGAGAGAGAAGAGAGAGAGGGCCUAUCUCCAGGGGGUGGCAGAGGAAAGAGACUACAUGUCUGACAGUGAAGUUAGCAACAUCAGAGAGGCCAGGGGUGACGGCCUGGAGAGACCACGGACAGCACCCCAGUCAGAGUUUGACCAAUUCAUCCCCCCACAGACGGAAGCUGAUUCCCAGUACAACACACUAACUAGUCCCUACUCUCACUAUGCCCAGUAUGUUCCCCAGACCCAAACCACCAGCCACUACACCCAACAGAACCUAUAUCAGCAGCAGUCCCUCUACCACCAACAGGUGUCUCCUUACCCAACCCUAUCCCUCUCCCAUGCCCAGGCACAGUCUAGCAACUACCAACAUGCUCUGCUCCUGCAGCAGGGAAAGCAGCGACAAACCACCCUGUCUGAUUUAGAGCCUAAGAUCACCACCAACUAUGAAGUGAUACGCAACCAGCCUUUGCUCAUUGUGCCAACCUCCACAGAAAGUGGUUAUGGGGUUGCUCACCUGGGAGGCAAGUAUGGCAGCCUGGACUUGAGGCUAGGGCUGGAGGAAAGGAGCAUGGCCUCUAGUCCCAUGUCUAGCAUUUCUGCUGAUUCCUUCUAUGCCGAUAUUGACCACCACAAUGCCAGGAACUAUGUGCUGAUAGAGGACAUAGGAGAGCUCACCAAGGCCUCAACAGGGCUGAGCAACACCGGCUUGGGCUCUGGAUUCAACAUGCCAGAUAAGGAGUUGUCCAAGGCAGACAGACUCCUCAGGGCAGCAGAAGUCAGGCGGACAGCAGAGGUGGCAGAAUUUUUAGGCUCAUCUCGACUUCAGGGUUAUGGUAAAGGAGAAGAUGACACCAUGGAGGAGCCUUAUGAGCUGAAGCUACUGAAGCAGCAGAUCAAGCAGGAGUUCAGGCGAGGAACUGAGGGACUAGAACAUUUAACAGGCUUGGGCCUGCCCCAGUAUCUCCCCAGUGAUGGUAGUUUUCGCCACUUCCCUAAAGGAGAGAAAUAUAGCAUCGGCAGGCUCACCCUUGAAAAACAGGCUGCAAAGCAACUCCCAGCAGCUGUGCUUUACCAGAAACAGAUGAAGAACAAAAAGGCCCUAAUAGACCCUAAGGCCAUCACGAAAUUUUCCCCAAUUCAGGAGAGUAGGGACUUGGAGCCUGACUUUGGCAGCUACAUGGGAUCUGGGGCCUCCUCUGUGACCAAUCUGGCUGCUACAGCUAGGUUGCUUCAGGAUGAGAUUACAUUUGGGCUAAGAAAGAACUUGUCUGAGCAGCAAAAAUAUUUAGGCUCCUCCUUGGGGGCCAAUUUAGCUGGUUCUCUAAAUAUUGGGCAGUCCCUCGGACUUGGAUCUACUAUCAGGGCCACUGCCCACGAUGAUGGCACCUACCCAAGUGGCACCCGUUCCCGCCCCUCAUCACGCCCCUCCUCCCGUCCCUCAUCUGUCUAUGGUUUGGAUCUAUCUAUCAAAAGGGACCUAUCCAGCUCCUCACUCAGACUUAAAACAGAGGGAGAAGUCCUGGAUGCAGCAUUUGCUCCUGGGGUGGCAAGAGCAAAGCCCACCAGUCUACCUAUCAGCCAAAGUAGGGGCCGUAUCCCCAUUGUGGCUCAGAACUCAGAGGAAGAGAGCCCUCUAAGCCCAGUGGGGCAGCCUAUGGGUAUGGCUAGGGCCUCAGCUGGACCUCUCCCUCCCAUCUCUGCUGACUCCAGGGACCAAUUUGGUUCCAGCCAUUCCCUGCCAGAGGUACAGCAACACAUGAGGGAGGAAUCUCGUACGCGAGGCUAUGAUCGAGACAUCGCAUUCAUCAUGGAUGAUUUGCAAGGCGCCAUGUCUGACAGCGAAGCCUACCACCUGAGGAGAGAGGACACAGAUUGGUUUGAUAAGCCAAGAGAAGGGCAUCCACAGAGCGGAAGCAUGUCAGACAGGAGACAGAUGAAACUGGUCCCUUAUGCUUUCCCUCACACUCGCAUCAAGCUUAAGAGAGACCCCAAGGAUACCAGUGUGUCAGGAAACGGACUAGGGAUCCGCGUGGUAGGUGGGAAGGAGAUUCCGGGGAGCCGAGGAGAGAUUGGAGCAUACAUUGCCAAGGUUAUCCCUGGUGGUGUGGCAGAGCAAACAGGAAAAGUUGUAGAAGGAAUGCAGGUGUUGGAGUGGAAUGGAGUCCCUCUGACGGGAAAGACUUAUGAAGAAGUGCAGUGCAUCAUGGGCCAGCCAUGUGCAGAGGCGGAGCUCUGUGUGAGACUCGACCUUAAUAUGCUGUCUGACCCUGAGCACCCACAAGCCCUGGAGCACCAUGUCCAGCUUAAGGCUGUAGGUGGGCAGCGUUCCCCUGGUGUGGAUCCUAAGCAGUUGGCUGCCGAGCUGCAGAAAGUGUCCCAGCAGCUGGCUCCUGGUAUGGCUGGAACAGGACUCGGGCCCGGGGGUUUGGGGGUCCUCUCUGCACUUGAGCGCUCAGCCCUCCUCCACUCAGGUCCUGGAUCGGCUGCCUCCAGUGGCGUGCCAAGCCCCGGCCAGCCCGCAUCCCCAGCCAUAAACAAGAAACAGCGACACAAGCCAAUGGAGGCAAUGAGGACACCUCAUGCCAUCACUGGAGAAAUUCAGCUCCAGAUCAACUAUGACAGGAACUUGGGAAACCUGAUCGUCCACGUCCUGCAGGCUAGAAACCUGGCCCCGAGGGACAACGACGGCUACUCUGACCCUUUUGUCAAGGUCUACCUCUUGCCGGGGAGAGGCCAAGUCAUGGUUGUCCAGAAUGCAAGUGCUGAUAACAAGAGAAGGACCAAGUAUGCUCAGAAGACCAUGAACCCAGAAUGGAACCAGACUGUCAUCUACAAGAACAUUCAUUUGGAGCAGUUAAAGAAGAAGACGCUGGAGGUGACAGUGUGGGACUAUGACAGAUCCUCCUCCAAUGACUUCCUUGGAGAAGUGUUGAUUGACUUGUCAAACACAGCCCAGCUGGACAACACUCCUCGCUGGCUGCCUCUGAAGGAGCAGAGCGAGAGCAUUGAGCACAGCAAAGCCCACCACGCUGCUCAAGGACCGCCAGGGUCUGGGCCAGGUCAGGGUCAUGGUCAUGGACACAGCCUUGGCCAUAUGUCAGGGCCUGGGAUGGGGCCUGGGCAUGGUAUGGGACAGGGUCAAGGACCAGACGGGGGUCAUGACUCACCUAAAAACUCUGUAAUCAAGAGCAGAAGCCAUGGAAUCUUCCCUGAUCCAUCCAAAGACAUGCAGAUGCUACCUUUGGAAAAGUCACACAGCAGCCCGGGCAGCUCCAAGUCUUCCUCCGAUGGCCAACUGCGCUCCCAUGGCCCCUCCCGCAGCCAAAGCAAGAGCAGCGUCACUCAGGCCCACCUUGAGGAUGCUGGGAUAGCCAUCGCUGCCGCCGAGGCUGCCGUGCAACAGUCCCGCCUGCAACCAAGACCAGGACACCGACUGGCAGAUGUCUCAGGGUCAGUGGUGUUGUCUGCCCCGAGUCUUGUUGGAGACGCCUAUGGAGGUCUGGAAGGUGAAGAGGGGGCGGACACUGGAGUGGACAGUGCCAUUUUUCAAGUGCCACGCAUUGGUAAGACUAUUCCUAACGGCACCGACAAAAACCAACUAGGGACCCCAGAAAAUGAAGGCGGCAAAACACAAGUAAUGGGAGAGAUCAAGGUUGCUCUCAAGAAGGAGGUGAAGACAGAAGGGGAUCAACUGGUCUUGGAGAUCCUUCAAUGCAGAAACAUCACUUACAAGUUCAAAAGCCCCGACCACCUACCAGACCUGUAUGUGAAGCUGUAUGUGGUCAAUGUAGCCACUCAGAAGAGGAUCAUCAAGAAGAAGACCAGAGUUUGCCGACACGACAGAGAGCCCUCUUUCAACGAGACCUUCAGAUUCCCUCUGAACCCAACAGGACACUCCAUACAGCUUUUCCUGGUGUCCAACGGAGGCAAGUUCAUGAAGAAGACUCUGAUCGGUGAAGCCUACAUCUGGCUGGACAAGGUGGACAUGAGGAAGAGAGUGGUCAGCUGGCACAAGUUAUUCGUCAGCUCCACUCAGACCAACCCCUGAGCGCCACGUCAAACAAGACGGAGAUGCGAUAGACUGACGACAGGUGAAGCCAGAAUGUAGUAGUUUGGAGAUCUGAUUUGACAAAAAGACGAAUACUAGACCAAAAAAAAAAAUCAAAUAGAGGAAUGAAAAAGAUCCAUUUAAUUCACUUCCUCAGUUCAUACGUUAUAAGAAGGAGGGAAUUACGUGCUAAUACCAUGACAACUUUAUCAGUCCAACACUGCCAGCACACAUGUCCACCUCUUCCCACAUCGAGUCUGUGCUGGCUGUGGACUUUGCUUGUAAGGAUGCAAACAUGCAAAUACCACAGCAGGCACUGAAACACACUCAGCAGCAAUAUGGCUUUGAGAGCAGCGACGUCUUUCUUACCAUAGUCCCCGAUUCCAUCAUCCACAUGAGACUUUCUUGUUUUGGUGCUGCGCAACUGAGCUAACAUAUCUAUGAGAGGGGGAAAGAUGAAAAAAAAAAAAAUGACAUCAGCUGAAUUAGUGUUUUCUUCAUACGAGAGUCAUUGUUGUGAUGCCGAAAUGAUGGUUGUAAUGUGUGUGGACAUCAGUGGUCUUGAAAUGUUUAACGAUGAAGGAAUGCUAAAUGUUUUCUAUGAUUCAGUUUCAUGUAAAAAGAAAAAAAAAAAAGAGCCAGACAGUUUUGCUAUGGGUUGAAGAUAAAAAUGUACAGCACUACAGACUGUAGAUAUCACAUGCAGAUUACAGAGCAUAUCAGAGAACCACAUUGUACAGCGUGAUGUUUAUAUAAUAUACAAAGAUAUAAGAUGCAGAAUAUAUCUAAAUACAAUAUACAGUAAAAGAGCUGUUCUCUUGUCAUUAGAGUAUAUAUAAUAAACUAUAGACAUAUGAUCUGUUAGGUUGAGGCUGUGGGUGACGCACUGACAAUCCAGUAGGCUACUUUAGUCUAUGGUGUAGGCAGUCUAACUAGCUGUAACGUGAAUGUGGACCUAUGUGAGCUCAAGGAUGUUUAUGAAUAAUAGCUCCGCCGGUCCUCUGAUCACACUGAUGCACCAUUCAACAGGGCUGUGAUAGAUUUUAAAGGUCAAGGUCAACAUGCAGUGGCAUUGCUAUUUCACUGGCAUGCUUUCUUGCCAGGCAGAGUUACAAUAAUACCAAGUUGAAAGUUACAAGCCAACUGUAGAGGAUGACAAGAUCACAUCUGUGUCAUCUGUACGACGUUUUAAUUUAAGGCUGUCGUAGUUGCUCAUAGUACGCUAAUAUUUCUUUCCGUGUAACCCAUCAUGUAAUUACACUGUGUCAAAACCAUACGUAGAUCUGCAACUGUCACCACCUCAGUGUGACAGCUCUGCUCUCUGUGUAUUAGUUAAAAAGCCCCCCCCCACUCCCAGUCUGAGUUUUACCUGAAAAUAACUUCAAAAUGACAACAAAAAAAAAAUUCUUACCAGUCAUAUGUCAAGGUUCCUCUGUGUGUCCGGCUGUGCUGUAAAACUCACUAUGCUGUUUUGUGUCAGUGACUCCCGUUGCAACACAGUGAACCAGCCUCUUUCACUGCCUGUGACCAAAACACUCACUCAGGCCCGCUGGGGUUCAGUCAUACACAAGUCCGAUGGGGCCAAGUCUCAGUACGAACGUGGAGCAGGUGACCCAUGCAUUUAUCUUGUAAUGUUUUGCCACCAUAUCUACAGAAUUUAAAAAAAAAUAAAAAAAUCUAUCAAGUGACCCUCAGACCUACUGUCGGUGUAUUUAGGCAUAUCACAGGGCUGAUGCAAUUUUUUAAAGAAUUAAAUAUACCAGAGGAAACGACAGACACACUUAGAGCAAGAUGUCACUUAAAUCUUAUAGCAAAUGGUAAAAAAAAGAGAGAAUAUAAUAAGGAAGGGAAUGUGGUUGAUUUCUCAGAUUAUUAUUUUGCUGUGCCAACCUUUUUUUUUUUUUUUUAAUUCCAGACCCAUUGGUUCUUAAUUCUAUGCAACAUAGAUGUGUUUGAAUGCAUUUGUUUUUUUGAACUAAAUGUUAUAUCUGUGAACAUAAAAAAAUGUCUUAUAGGAAAAUAUCUUUAAUUUGUACAUCAUUGAAAGAAAAUAUUAAAUAUAUUGAUUUUUUACUGAUUUUAAUAUGAAUUGAUGUUAACAGCCGUUAACGUCUACAUGGAGCUUGUGCACUUUAUUAUGACAUUGUUUAUUUUCUUGUCUCAGUUUUAACUGUCAUGACAUGCAAGGUUAUGUGUUUUGUGUUUCUGCACUGAAAUGAACUGAAACAUGGUGUACGUGGUGGCAGAAAAUAUCGUGGUGUGCAUUUUGUAUCUAUGUGGCAAAAAAGAAAAACACGCAGACAUGUUGGGGUUCCUGAACACGAUGCACAAUCCGGGGAGAAAUCACCCUCACUACAUCACGCUCAUAGUCUACUUACCAGUCUGUGUACAAAGUACAGUAAAUAAGACAUAUUCCCUAAAUGCUCCGUCAUGACUGUUUAACCCCUCGUGUUUCAUUAGACUUCCCCCAAGCUAAUUACUGUUUGUUCAGAUCAGCUGUUGCCUGUAAUUGUGAAACCAUCCAUGUGUUGUUGUUCUGAGGGGUGUGAAUGUGACUCAAGUCCUUUGACAUGUGUACAUAAAGUGUUUAUUUUCUACAAAGAUUGAAUGUUUAUAUUGUCCGAAGUUUGAGCAUGUGAGUGUCGAGAAAAAAAAAAAAAACCCACAAAAGACUUAUAACUGUACAGCAAUGCGUGUCUAUAGUUGUAUAAGGGGAGUUGACUGUGUAAUCAAAACAUGUGCUGUCAACCAAUGACUAUCUGUGCAACCACAUCCCGUAAACGGCUGAAACAACACAAAGGGAAAAAAAAUCUAUUCAACUUCAAUAGUUGUCUGAGACUUUAUGUUUUGGAUGUUGCAUGUUUUGUUGAUGGUUUGUCUGUAUAUUUUGCCUACAGAUUAUGUUUAAAAAGAGACAGAAUAUGUAUAGAUUUAUCUGUAUGCUGACUGUAAAGAAAUAUGCUUGUAAAAUUGUCUUGUUUUUCACUCAGUGCAAAAACAAAGAAUCUAACAUGUUAUGGUUUUGUGGUUGUACACAGGAUGUGUUGAGAUAUUAUGCAAAUUGUGCUGUAAAAAAUCAGCUGUUUCCCCUGAGUCUAAAGAAUAAAUAUU